UUCAACGUGGCAGACGGUUCUCCAGUUCAAGACCGCUGUGCUGUGGUCUGCUUUCAUAUGGUUAACUGCCAUACAAUUAGGGAAUGGAUGUUCUGGUGAAUGUACUCCAACCGCACAAACUUCGAAUCCUGCCGAUUUUUCAGCUUUCGAACGGCGCCAUCUCUGUCCCGUCGUUCCAAAACGACCUCGGAUAUCUCUUCGAGAAUCAGUACAUCACCAGCUAUGGCUGGCCGAUCGCCUUCAACACCUCGUCUUCAAUCUGUGAAUUCUUCGGCGCUAUUGGGUCAAGAUAUUUUGCAGACAGGUUGGGAAAGAGGAUGACAUUAGGGAUUGGUUGGAUCGUUAGCAUUGGGCGGUCUUCAUACAGAUAUUUGCGGCACACCAAUCACACUUCUAGUGGGAAGGGCAAGUCCUCUCUCCUGUCUCGGUAUUCGAAUAUCCAGCUGACGAUAGCAGCUCAUCAACUGCCUCGCCCUCGCCGCCUUUCUCACAACCCCUCAUAUUCCACAGAAAUCUGCCCCGUUCAAGUCCGUGAUCUCACGACUUCUGGCGUCCAACUUUUCAUUAGCAUUGGACAGCUGACUGCAAAUCUCGUCCUGAAAGGCACUAGAACCCCCUCCUCAACACUUGCCUACAAAAUCCCUUUCUCCCUACAGUUCUUCUUCUCCCAGGUUCUCCUCCUCUUCCUUUCCUUCACCCAGAAUCACCCUGGUACCUCAUCCGUACCAACAACCAAUCCCUCGCGCUCUCAACACUCUCUCACCUGGGUUACCCCUCCAUCCUCCACCCUCUCUGGGAUAACCAAACCAUCGAUCUCGAAAAUAGGAAGUCGAAAUCAACGUCAUAUCUCGAUUGCUUCAAAGGGCCCGAUCUAAGAAGAACCGAAAUAGGAAUGGGCAUCUUCGCCGAGAUCCCCUAUUCGCGCCUACGCUCGCGAACUGUCAGCUUGGGAAUCGUGGUCCAAUACGUCUUUGGUGUACUGAUGAACAUUGUGAUCUCGAUGCUGAUUAAGACUGAUGCUGCGGAUCUUGGAGGCAAGAUCGGGUUCGUCUU